ACCGAGCCGGCGACGGAGGAGAAGGAGGCAGAAAAAGGCAACUUCAGACGGAAAGUUGGUGCGAACUGGCGCAGUCGGCAAAAACGGAAAAGUCGAUCGCGGGCGGCGGCGGCGGCGGCGGCAUAAAAGUGUGAGCGGCGCCCGGCCGGCGCGAGAGGCGGCGGCCCGCUCUGCGCUCCCGGCGGCCGCGCCGGCGCCCGAGGCGCAGCCACAGGUGCGAAGGGGCUCCCGGGAGGCGAGGGGGCGCCCUGCGCACCCCUCCCCCAGCCCCCACCCCCCAGCCCGGGACUUCGGCUCAAGUCACUCGGCGUCCGAGCUCCCUCCCCAGCCGCAGCCGCAGCCGGGGGAGCAGAAGUCGGCGGGGAGCGGCCGGCGCGCGCCCGCCCAGGGGAGUUGGGGUUCGCAGGGGGUUGUUUUCGGCUCUGAGGAGGUCCCCGCCCAACCUUCAAAAUUUUGUCCAAAAGCAGACAAGAGGAUCGCCCCGCGCUGAGCCGGCUGGUGGGCAGCAGGAGGCGCCUGAUCGCCGCCGGGGCGCUGGGGGUGGUGAUGGUGCUGCUGCUGGUCAUCCUCAUCCCGGUGCUGGUGAGCUCGGCCGGCACGUCGGCGCACUACGAGAUGCUGGGCACCUGCCGCAUGGUCUGCGACCCCUACGGGGGCACCAAGGCGCCCAGCACGGCCGCCACGCCCGACCGCGGCCUCAUGCAGUCCCUGCCCACCUUCAUCCAGGGCCCCAAAGGCGAGGCCGGCAGGCCGGGGAAGGCGGGCCCGCGCGGGCCCCCCGGGGAGCCCGGGCCGCCGGGCCCCGCGGGCCCUCCGGGCGAGAAGGGCGAGCCCGGCCGCCAAGGCCUGCCGGGCCCGCCCGGGGCGCCCGGCCUGAACGCGGCCGGGGCCAUCAGCGCCGCCACCUACAGCACGGUGCCCAAGAUCGCCUUCUACGCCGGCCUCAAGCGGCAGCACGAAGGCUACGAGGUGCUCAAGUUCGACGACGUGGUCACCAACCUCGGUAACCACUACGACCCCACCACGGGCAAGUUCACCUGCUCCAUCCCGGGCAUCUACUUCUUCACCUACCACGUCCUGAUGCGCGGGGGCGACGGCACCAGCAUGUGGGCCGAUCUCUGCAAAAACAACCAGGUGCGUGCCAGCGCCAUUGCCCAAGACGCCGAUCAGAAUUACGAUUAUGCCAGUAACAGUGUGGUUCUUCAUUUGGAGCCAGGAGAUGAAGUGUACAUCAAAUUAGAUGGCGGGAAAGCCCACGGAGGAAAUAACAACAAAUACAGCACAUUUUCUGGAUUUAUUAUUUACGCUGACUGAUCAGGCAGAAACUAAGCUUAUUGUUCUGAGUUUGGACACUGGAUUCGUGUGGCCAACGUCAGUGAAUCAAGGAUCCCAGGGGAUGCCAGUUGCAGGGCGCCUCAGUUGUGUAUAUGUGGGGAAUUCAAAUGCUACCUGACUCACAUCUGUAUACUCAGAAACAUUCUGUAAAAAUAUAUAUAUAUAUAUUAAAAGCAAGAUAAGCAGAUGUGUUAUCCACUAC